UUCUGUAAAAACAACAUCUUACCUUCUUUCUUUAGUCCAAGUGCUGGAGCACGUUUGGGUGACCAUGGAGUGCGUUUGCUGUCAUGUAGUUCAGCGUUAAUACAGCGUGAAUAUUAGAAGAGGGGGGCUUUUGCGCGGAUACGAGGAGCCACAGUCGAGCCAUGGCUGCACGGGAUGAAGGAGAGGUUUUGCACAGUAAAAUAAGGCACCACGACGGAGCUGGAAGUGUAAACAGCUCAGAGGGCUUCAGGAACGGCUAUGUGAAGAGCUGCGUCACCCCUCUCAAACAGGACCGUCAGAGGGGAUUUUUGUUUAACGUGUGCAGGUUUUGCAACGAAGACAUUCUUAAUUCAAAAUUGUUGAAGGUCUCUGCCCUGUACGUCGGCGCGUUUGUAAUCUUGGCGGUUUCUUUCCUCAUUUCUAGGAGCUUGCAAAGUGACUCGCUUUGGGAUUUGCGGACUUUUUUGUCGGGCUUCUCCCAGUCCAUCAGUCCUUUAUUCAGCAUAGGAUGUGCUUUCUUCUUUCUAACGUUUUACCUGAGGAGGAAAAAGAAGGAGAGCAGCAAAUGUUGGCUCUUGUCACUGCCAGCAUCGUGUUACCUCGGGGAUUUUUUGGUUUUGCGGUUUUUGCAAUGGGGAGAGGACCAACACCAGAUGCAAAUGGUGGGCAGGUUGUUAUUCGUGUUGGGAUGUGUGGGUCUGCUCACACUGAUCCCCACUCUGAAACUCAAACACAGUGUUCUCAUACUGGUUUUUGCCAGCGUUGUGUGGCUUGUUUCUUUCACAAGUUUGAGCGGUCUGCCUGCACUGCUCAGACCGCUCUUCGCCUGCUUUGCGGGGGUUUCUGGCUCCCUGUUGGGGCUUUGUUUUGACCGUUACUACCCGUCGAGGGAAGCGCCGAGUGGGGUUUCCACCGCGGAGGAAAAGGUCCCUGUGAUCAGACCGAGAAGAAGGUCCAGUUGUGUUUCACUGGGGGAAACGUCGACCAGCUAUUAUGGCAGUUGUAAAAUGCCUCGCAGACCUUCGCUGCCCUGUAUAUCCAGAGAGCAGAUGAUCUUGUGGGACUGGGAUCUGAAACACUGGUACAAACCACAGUAUCAGGGUGCAGUGGGCGGCAAUGGCGUGGACCUCUCAGUCAUCAACGAGGCCAGGAACCUGGUGUCGGACCUGCUCAUGGACUCAUCUCUGUCGCCGCAAACCAUUUCCUCUCUGCGCAGCAUCUCCAGCCUCAUGGGGACGUUUUCAGGCUCGUGCCGCCCGAAGGUCAACCCCUUCACCCCCUUCCCAGGUUUCUACCCCUGCGACGAGGUGGAGGACUCUGUAGAGAGGAGUGACAGGAAAACCAUCAAGGGUCUGAGCAGCAGAAACAGCCUCCCCACCCCUCAGCCCAGGCGGAGUUCAACCUCCUCCUCGUGCUCUGCGCUCUCUGCUCUCGACUCCGCCUCUUCGCGCUGGGAACGCAGCAACGGCAAGAGGCCUCACCCUGACCUCAGCUUGACCAGUCCAGGUCUGUCUAAUGGGCCCAAUGCAAACCUCCUCACCAUUCCCAAGCAGAGGUCUUCCUCUGUUACCCUGACCUACCAUGCAGGGCCCAGGAGAGCAGGCACAUCUCCGAGCCUGAGCCCAGUCACCUCACCGACCCACGGUCCCCUUGCAGUAGGUACAGGUUCCUCAUCGUCCCUUGUCACCCGACCGCCUGUGGAGUUCCCAGACACGGCUGACUUCCUGACAAAGCCCAGUGUCAAUCUGAAUCUGCACAAGCCUCUGGGCUCUACCCUCAGCUCACCCGAUUUCCAGCAGGUUUUCCGUAGCUCCACCUUCCCUCUCUGCACCAGCUGUGGUCGUCAGAUGCUCAAGGGAGUUUCCAGUGGCGAAGGAGGUGAAUCUCAUCUACCAUUUACCACUGAGGCUCAACGCAGGCGCUCGGCAGGUGAAGGGCUGGAGCACCAGGGAGAGCCUCUGAUCAGGGAAGAGAGCCUGGAGGUGGACGUGUCUGCGGAUGGGAGACCAGACGCUGCAGGGAGCCAGGGGCAAGCAGAGGAGGAGAAGGAGAAGAGCCCAAGCACAGACCAGCAGACUCAGGAAUCAGAGAGUGACCAGGAGCUCAAACUAGAUCCUGUGCUGGAGGACCACGAGGCUGUCAUGGAGAGGAUGAACACCUGGAACUUUCAGAUCUUUGACCUGGUGGACAAAACAGGAGGGAAGACCGGAAGGAUACUCAGCUACGUGACAUACAACCUUUUUCAGGAUACAUGUCUGUUUGAAAUUUUCAAGAUUCCUGUGAGGGAGUUCAUGACAUACUUCCGCGCUCUGGAAAAUGGCUACAGGGACAUUCCCUAUCACAACCGGGUCCAUGCUACUGAUGUGCUCCAUGCUGUCUGGUACUUGACCACUCGACCAAUCCCAGGGUUCCAGCAGAUUCAUAGUGAGCAUGUGACAGGAAGUGACACAGAUUCAGAUAGUGGGAUCUCUCCAGGCAGGAUAUCCUAUGCGUCCUCCAAAAGCUCCACGAUUUCAGAUGACAGCUAUGGCUGCCUGGCCUGGAACAUACCCGCCCUGGAGCUCAUGGCCCUUUAUGUAGCAGCUGCAAUGCACGACUAUGACCACCCCGGUCGCACAAAUGCCUUUCUUGUAGCCACUAAUGCACCUCAGGCAGUGCUGUACAACGACAGGUCAGUGCUGGAGAACCACCACGCUGCAUCUGCCUGGAGCCUCUACCUGUCCCGGCCAGAGUUCAACUUUUUGGUCAACCUGGACCACGUGGAGUUCAAGCGAUUUCGCUUCCUUGUCAUUGAAGCAAUUCUGGCCACAGACCUCAAGAAGCACUUUGAUUUCCUGGCUGAGUUCAAUGCUAAGGUGAAUGAUGUGAACAGUCCAGGAAUUGAUUGGACCAAUGAGAAUGACAGACUGCUGGUGUGCCAAGUGUGUAUCAAGCUGGCAGAUAUCAAUGGGCCAGCCAAAGUCCGUGACCUGCACCUCAAGUGGACAGAGGGCAUCGUCAAUGAGUUUUAUGAGCAGGGAGAUGAGGAGGCUAGGUUGGGAUUACCCAUCAGCCCCUUCAUGGAUCGCUCCUCCCCGCAGCUGGCAAAGCUCCAAGAGUCCUUCAUCACUCAUAUUGUAGGACCACUUUGUAACUCCUACGAUGCUGCUGGUCUACUCCCUGGCUACUGGAUUACCGAAGAGGGAUCAGAUGAAGACGAUGAAGAAGGGCAGGUGGACACAGACACAGAUGAAGAUGAGGAUGAUGAGCUAGAGGAUGAGCUUGCACCAAAAAGGAGAAAGAGCCGCCGCAGGUUGUUCUGCGGCAUCAUGCAGCACCUGACGGAGAACCACAAGGUGUGGAAGAAGACCAUCGAAGAAGAGGAGAAGAGCAAAGAGCUUGCUAAGCAGCAGCAGUCAGACAGCCUGCCGGCCAGCCUGCCCACCUCUCCGUCAGAUGACAUCCAGGUGAUCCAGGAGGAGGAGGAGGGAGAGGAACGUCAGUAGCAGGAGGAUGAGGCAGUACAAGGACAUGAGUUCCUCGACCGCCUUUUACCAACAUAAAUACACACACACACAAACAGACAGUUAACAUGCACACAAAUGCACAUUAAACACACUCGAGCUCCCCCCCCCUCACACACACACACACACACACACACACACACAUUGAAAGAGUCACUGUGCAGACACUCAGAUGCUAAAACAGUCACAUUGUUUUUGGAGAAACAAAAAGGCCUUACUACUGUGAGCGGAUCCUUGCUGCAACGGUGGGAGCCCAAUUCCUAUGCACUUUUUCACCCCAUAGAGAGUCCAGUGCACCCAGGAAAGAAUAAAAAGCACCAGAACUGUGGAGGAAGGUGCAGAAGAAGAAGAGUGUGGAGGGGGGGUUCAGCAUUAACUUGCUCUCCAUGGUGACCUGGCUGUGAUGCUGCCUUGAAUGCAAAGCGCUUACACCUCCCUUAGGUACAAAACAGUUCCUAUCUAUUUAAAAAUGGAAGGUAGAGGAAAAAAUAAUGAAGCAAGAGACAUCAUGAAGUGAAUGAUACCCUUUACCAAAGUGAACAGUUCAAAUACGGAAAGACAAGAGACUGAGACUGUUUCAGCCUCAAUGUCAGGUAUAUUUUUGAAUUAUAUAUAUACAUACAUAAAUGUAUAUAUAUAUAUAUCAAAUGUGCCUGUCCGAACCUUUACAGAGUCCAUAUUGGCCCAGAGCCUAGGCUUGUGUAGUUCUCUCUCUCUCUCUCCUUGCUGGCGACACGAAACACUGUAUCAGACUCAGUCACAGAGACAUUAUUGAAAUGUCGACUGAUUAAUAGCAUUAUAUCUGCAUCAUUUUUGAUGCUUUUACUCAUGUGUACCACCUGUCUCGCUCUUUUUUUUUUUUUUUUUCUUUUCCUGUAACUCUCCUUGCUUGAUUUUGUUUGAGUGUGUGAAUAUUUUUGGCGGGAAUGUGAUAGGUAGAAUGAGUAGGGAGAAAGAGAGCACAUUUUUUAAUUAUUUUAGUAUGUAAUUUGUGUGUAUGUGUCCUUUCAGUAAUGACUGGUUUCUAAAUCAGUGAAAUGUCCUCUGGUGUUUAACGUGUUGCAUUCAGAUCAGGAGUGCUGUUUCAAUGAAUGGAAUCUUCAUUUUCCUUUUUUUUUUUUGAUUCUAAGUAUUUUUUUAAAGGUUACUCAGGAUUCACGCAAAGUUGAAUACUUAUUUUGCAAGAACUUAUGUCAUUAAUAUGAAAUACACUUUAAAGAUUAAGAAAAUUAAAAUCUGCGUGACUGAAGUAGUUUGUAAUCUCUUAAUGAACAACAUGACUACUCACAAAUUCAAGCAAUUGAAAUCCUGUGUGACCGAGGAACGUACGGUAUGAGCUGUCUCUCGGCCAUUUAUACACUGUUUGCGUAACCUUUUUACAACCUCGCGGGACUGUCAGCGGACAGCAAAUGUUUCUCCUGCGGCAACACAACACAUUGAACAAUUUCGCAGUUCUUUAACAGUGUACUGGGUAAUGUUUUUUUUCCUCCAAAGUUCUCUGUAUUAUUUUUAAACAAACAGUACAAUGUCUACUCAUCUGUGCCUCAGUCGGUGGGCAAACACAGAUCUUUAGGCAAACUGAAAGCUCACCCAACUCUCUGUUUCCUCAUUAUUUUGUUUUUGCCAAACCCAUAACUCGGCCAGUGUGUAAAGAAGGGAUCCAGGGUUUCAUUUCAUUUUGUCUGGUUUAUAUGUGUGUAUAGUAUAUAUUAUGACGUGCCACGAGGCAGGUUAAAAAACUACUAGUUCUCUAUUUUUGUCUCUAAGAACUCUUGGCAUUCCACUAGAAUAAGAAGUUUUAUGAAAGGGAAGGCAGAAUUGUUGCCUCGCUCCUUUGUCACCUUAUUAAAUCAAAACCUCUGGAGAAAAUGUUAAGUAAGCAGUGUAAAUCAAGAUAGUAAUAUUUAAAGACAAAAACAUAGAUACAGGUGUGCACAUUUUAAUACCAAACAAGUGUUUAGCCGCUGUACAAAAGAGUAUGUGCAUAUAAAUAUAUAUUUUUUAAAUAAUCAAAUGAAUGCAUCUGUUUUCUACACACAGCUGACAUGUUGUACAUUGAGAUCCUGUAAUUACCAUUGUGUUUCCAGAGUUUUUACCUACUUCUAUUUACAGGUGUGGAACUGUGGGGUUUGGUGUUUUUGAUUUUUCACUUGGUUUCAGCCUCUACCUGUUGUGUAUCAUAACCACUCUUGUAUUCUUCAUUUUUUCUCUCUCUUUCUCUCUCUCUCUCCAUCUCUCUCUAUCUCUAUCACUGUUGUCUCAGUCGACCCAACUAGUGCCAAACUUUACCUACGUAACAGUAGUUUGCGGGCUGUGAAGUGCUGAUUGGCAAACUUUCUCUGGGCUCCAGUACUGUUCAUGCAAGAGAAGCACACCUUGAGUCAAAUAUUCCAGCCGGGCUCAAAGUGGCGGUGACGGUGACAAGAGUCAGAGUUGGACUCAGGUCAGAGCCAUAUACAUUCUGACAACUCUUUCGUCAGGGUUUUUUUUUUUUUUUUUUUUUUCCACAUGGACCCAUGCCGGAUCAUAAAGCCUCGGUAGCUCCUGACCCGACAUAUUCUGACUCAUUAAGUUGUAAAAGUUUGUGGGCUUUUCACUGUGCAGUCAUUCAAACCACAGUGUCCUCUGAUGAUUGUGCCAUAAAUACAUCUAUGAAUGGUUGUUACCCUUAUGUAGCAUCAAUAUACGUAUGUUUGUCUAAUGUAACCAUUCACCCUUAUCUACAUUGUGGGGGCAACUGAUUUUUGUUGUUAUUUAUAGCUGUCAUAAAACACCAUCCCUAAAUUA